UAAAUAUAACAUAAUGAAACAAUCAAUGAUUUAAUUAAUAAGCAACUAGAAUCUUAUUUCAUAUUUAUAGUUCUUGAAAGGCUCCGCUCAAAUUUUUAGUUGCAAAUUGCAAUGGCGGAGGCAACUAACACAGUGUUCAUAGAUGUAUCAUCCCCAUCGCAGUUUGUGACGGCCAACACAACGAUGACGGACACUGCGAUGAUGGACACAACAGAACAUCAUAAAGAUGAUGCAGAGAUUGUAGAGCCAGAUAACCAAUCACUGCUGGUACCGUUAUUGACAGCGCAGCCUCGUCGCAUCCGUUGCCCGGAAUGUGAUCGUUACACAGCGGAAACGGAAGAGAAGAUGUUACGUCAUAUCCGCAAGAAGCAUAGAGGAGAGAAUCCAUUCCAGUGCUAUAUGUGUGAUUACACUACUUACAAUAAAGUACUGUUCGAAGAACACGUUCGGAUACAUCAAGGCAUAAAGCCGUACAAAUGCAGCCACUGUUCGUACAGAAGCGUCUCGAAGAAGAAUACAAAGAAGCAUGAAUUAAUACAUAGACCGGAUAACCCACAUAAAUGUGGCCAGUGUGGGUUCAUAGCUCGCCAUGUGCGGGCUCUUAAACAUCAUGUACAAUCACACAAUGAUGAAUCUGUUGUAGAACAAUGUACUAUGUGUUCAAUGAAGUUCAACUCAGAACAAAAGUAUAACAGUCAUAGAAGAAGUCGGAAAAGAUGUCCGGAAUGCAAGAAAAUGUUUUGUUCAAAAAUUUACCAGGAUCACCUUUCGAGUAUACAUGGUGUGCAGAAAACACCUAAAAAGCAAAAUAAUAGAAAGGCAGCCUUGUUUAAAUGUGCUCUGUGCAGUUGGGAGGCGAAUAGUAAGCCGAGGAUCUUACUGCAUUUGAUACACCAUCCUGAUCAAAUAGUUGAUGAAAAUAUCGUAGAUACACUCAUUCUGAGAGAAUUGGGUAUUAUGACGGAACAAAAAAUUGGCGCCUGAUUCUUUAAAACUGUGGCGUGAAACACAGGGCACGUGUCAAAUGACAGCUCACGCACAAAGACUCGAUCGAUGAAAGCUAUUCCACGGAUGACGUCAUAAAGUCCUACAUCGCACAUGCGAAGUUUACAUGGAGACAGACAGACAAACAAGAUUA